UAUAUAUAUAGAAGAGCUCUAAAUAAUUAUCCGUAAAAGGGUUACGAUACGCACUUCGCCGGUGUUUUUUGGGUGAUUCAGUCUGAGCGCCGCGAGCUUACGAACGAAAGGGGGAUUGAGUUUAGAGACCGCAGUAGAGGUAGAAGAGAGGGGAAGAGAGAGAUUUUCUGCGCUAGGGUUUUCAAUAUUCCCUGUUAUUCCAAAGGCUACGAGUGUGAGAGGGGAGGAAGAGGAGAGAGAGAGGUGAGUCUUCGUGAGCUGAGCGUGAAUUCGAGAGAGAGGAAGAUUAUUUCAUUAUUCCAGAUUGUUUCUUCGCUCCUUUUUGCUUCAUUCCAGCCGUUUAGGGUUUUUGUUUCGCCGCGUUUCGAGCCAUUGUCAUCAUGGAGAGAAAGCUUGUGGUUCUCGGUAUCCCUUGGGACAUCGAUACCAAUGGGUUGAAGGAGUACAUGAUUAAAUUUGGAGAAUUGGAGGACUGCAUUGUUAUGAAGGAGCGUAAUUCUGGCAGAUCACGUGGUUUCGGCUAUGUCACUUUCACUUCUGAUGAUGAUGCUAAGAAAGCACUAUCAAGUGAGCAUCACCUUGGCAACAGAGUGCUGGAAGUAAAAGUGGCAACACCAAAGGAAGAAAUGAUGAGAUCAUCUUCGAAAAAGAUAACCAGGAUAUUUGUUGCAAGAAUUGCACCAUCUGUUACUGAAUCUACUUUCCGGAGCCAUUUUGAGAAAUAUGGAGAGAUCACUGAUCUUUACAUGCCUAAAGAUCCCACCACAAAAGGCCAUCGUGGAAUUGGGUUUAUUACCUUUGCUAGUUCAGAAUCGGUUGACAGCCUGAUGAAUGAUACUCAUGAGUUGGGAGGUUCAACGGUAGUAGUUGAUCGAGCUACACCCAAGGAUGAUGAUUUCCGGCCUUAUAGCAGAGCUCCUCAAGGUGGCCACGGUGGCCGUGGAGGCCAUGGUGGUGGCCAUGGAGGGCCUGGAGGAUAUGGUGCAUACAAUGAUUACAUUAGUGCUGCUACAAGAUAUGCAGCACUUGGUACUCCUACCUUGUAUGAUCAUCCAGGUUCUCUUUAUGGAAGGGAGCCCAUUAGAGGAAUUGGGAGAAAGAUAUUUGUUGGAAGGCUUCCCCAGGAAGCAACUGUGGAUGAUCUUCGCCAGUAUUUUGGAAGAUUUGGUCGCAUUUUGGAUGUAUACAUUCCAAAGGAUCCCAAGAGAUCCGGGCAUCGUGGUUUUGGCUUUGUAACUUUUGCUGAAGAUGGUGUUGCCGAUAGGGUGGCUAGACGGUCUCAUGAAAUUUUAGGGCAGCCGGUUGCCAUAGAUUCAGCUACACCAGUUGACGAUGCUGGUCCUAGUGGAAGUCUGCUGAUGGACAAUCCUGAACCAUAUGGAGGUUAUGGUCCUGUUCGUGGUACUUAUGAAAGAAUGUAUUCCAGCCUGGAUUUUGAUGAUUGGGGUGGAGGCUAUGGCUUCCAGAGCAGUUCAAGGCCUUCCAGAGCAGCAGAUUGGAGGUACCGACCAUAUUAGAGUGGUGUCUCAAAGAUAAUGUAAACCUGAUAGCUGAUAGAUUUCUGGGAGGUGGUUCGACCGUUUGUCAAGCAAGUAGAGUUGGUUUGUGAACUUUACGGACUUUUCUAGGAGCAUUCAGUUCGGUUCAAGUAGGUUCUCCGUAGAUGGCAAUUCUAUUAAGAUGUUCAUUAGGUUUCUGAAGUCACCCUUAUCAAAUGCUUUUGCUGAAUACAUAUUUAUUGAAUGGGUUGAUUGUUUAUGUUCUGAAAGCUGCAACUUUGCUGCGAUUUGAGCUCCUCUGUGAUUUGCAGAGUUGGUUCAAGUUGUUAAGACUCAAUUGAUUAAGAAUUGCUGCAGAAUGAUGUAAUAA